ACACAGGGCAUCUCUUCUCUUCAGCUUCACUUCAUUGAAUCAUCUGCUGCAUCUGUCACCAUGAGGACCCUGGCUGCUCUUCUGGCUCUGGUGCUGGUCAUCUCAGUUAGUGCUCAGUAUGGACCAACUACACAAAGAUGCUGUAAAGAAUACUACCCUUCAACUCAGGCGAUUCCUGAGAAAAAGGUUGUGUCUUACUUCAAAACCAGCAACAGCUGCUACCUGACCGCUAUUGUGAUUAAAACAAUGGCAAAGAAGGAGUUCUGUGUGAAGCCUGAUCUGACAUGGGUUGAGAAGAUUGUCACCAAGUUGGACAAGAUGAAAUUAGCCUCUACAGCCAGUCCGUGAAUGAAAUCUCACCACCAAUGGUCAUCUCGAGAGAAGUCCCACCAUGGACUCUCCUGAUUUACUCAACUAAUAUAAGCUACUUCAAUGUUUUAGUCCGAACAAAAUCAGUAACUGUGACAAUUGCCUGACAAUAUUUAAUCUGUUCCAUUACUAAUGUUGUUGCUGAGGUAAUAUUAGUAAUAAAAUAUAUUUAUUACAUGAAUGAAA